AUGGCUGUGGCACCACAGGUGUGUGAAGAGAAGACCUCAGUAACAGGCAUGCAGCAUACUCUAUAGUUGGGUUCUCUGUUCUCUCUGUCACAUUUUAAAUCAAUGAUAAGAUGAGGAGGUAGUGCCUACCAGAGCCUACCUGGACCAAUGACAUAAAAUGUUUUCAACAGGAGAGGUGGAGCUGUUGUCACAAAUCCAAGCCUCUGUCUCUAUCUGAAGAGAAGUCAGGAGAGUUGAAACACCAACUUGUCUAUGGACAUCCUACAGGAAACAGAGAAGAGGUUUAGUAAUGUGGUUUGGUGAUGUGUUUUUAAUUUAUUGAAGUUAGUCCAUAACCAGUUGCUGUCAUGUUGUUGAUUUCUGAUGUAACGCUCCGUGAGGUCUGAGGAAUAAUGGACAACAUGACUAAAGAUGUUAUGGACAAAAAUGUCACCAAAAAAUAUGACUAAACAUCACCAAAACCAAGUUGAUGCUCUGUCCUCAGGGAGAGUUACAUCAGUGGCCAGAACAAUAACAUUCUGUGACAGAAAAGUCCCCAGAGGUCUCCAGUGACUGACUGCCCUUCUAAAGUCCCCAGAGGUCUCCAGUGACUGACUGCCCUCUAAAGUCCCCAGAGGUCUCCAGUGACUGACUGCCCUUCUCAAGUCCCCAGAGGUCUCCAGUGACUGACUGCCCUCUAAAGUCCCCAGAGGUCUCCAGUGACUGACUGCCCUUCUAAAGUCCCCAGAGGUCUCCAGUGACUGACUGCCCUUCUAAAGUCCCCAGAGGUCUCCAGUGACUGACUGCCUUCUAAAGUCCCCAGAGGUCUCCAGUGACUGACUGCCCUUCUAAAGUCCCCAGAGGUCUCCAGUGACUGACUGCCCUUCUAAAGUCCCCAGAGGUCUCCAGUGACUGACUGCCCUUCUAAAGUCCCCAGAGGUCUCCAGUGACUGACUGCCCUUCUAAAGUCCCCAGAGGUCUCCGGUGACUGACUGCCCUUCUAAAGUCCCCAGAGGUCUCCAGUGACUGACUGCCCUUCUAAAGUCCCCAGAGGUCUCCAGUGACUGACUGCCCUUCUAAAGUCCCCAGAGGUCUCCAGUGACUGACUGCCCUUCUAAAGUCCCCAGAGGUCUCCGGUGACUGACUGCCCUUCUAAAGUCCCCAGAGGUCUCCAGUGACUGACUGCCCUUCUAAAGUCCCCAGAGGUCUCCAGUGACUGACUGCCCUUCUAAAGUCCCCAGAGGUCUCCAGUGACUGACUGCCCUUCUAAAGUCCCCAGAGGUCUCCAGUGACUGACUGCCCUCUAAAGUCCCCAGAGGUCUCCAGUGACUGACUGCCCUUCUAAAGUCCCCAGAGGUCUCCAGUGACUGACUGCCCUUCUAAAGUCCCCAGAGGUCUCCAGUGACUGACUGCCCUUCUAAAGUCCCCAGAGGUCUCCAGUGACUGACUGCCCUUCUAAAGUCCCCAGAGGUCUCCAGUGACUGACUGCCCUUCUAAAGUCCCCAGAGGUCUCCAGUGACUGACUGCCUUCUAAAGUCCCCAGAGGUCUCCAGUGACUGACUGCCCUUCUAAAGUCCCCAGAGGUCUCCAGUGACUGACUGCCCUUCUAAAGUCCCCAGAGGUCUCCAGUGACUGACUGCCCUUCUAAAGUCCCCAGAGGUCUCCGGUGACUGACUGCCCUUCUAAAGUCCCCAGAGGUCUCCAGUGACUGACUGCCCUUCUAAAGUCCCCAGAGGUCUCCAGUGACUGACUGCCCUUCUAAGUCCCCAGAGGUCUCCAGUGACUGACUGCCCUUCUAAAGUCCCCAGAGGUCUCCAGUGACUGACUGCCCUUCUAAAGUCCCCAGAGGUCUCCGGUGACUGACUGCCCUUCUAAAGUCCCCAGAGGUCUCCAGUGACUGACUGCCCUUCUAAAGUCCCCAGAGGUCUCCAGUGACUGACUGCCCUUCUAAAGUCCCCAGAGGUCUCCAGUGACUGACUGCCUUCUAAAGUCCCCAGAGGUCUCCAGUGACUGACUGCCCUUCUAAAGUCCCCAGAGGUCUCCAGUGACUGACUGCCCUUCUAAAGUCCCCAGAGGUCUCCAGUGACUGACUGCCUUCUAAAGUCCCCAAGGUCUCCAGUGACUGACUGCCCUUCUAAAGUCCCCAGAGGUCUCCAGUGACUGACUGCCUUCUAAAGUCCCCAGAGGUCUCCAGUGACUGACUGCCCUUCUAAAGUCCCCAGAGGUCUCCAGUGACUGACUGCCCUUCUAAAGUCCCCAGAGGUCUCCAGUGACUGACUGCCUUCUAAAGUCCCCAGAGGUCUCCAGUGACUGACUGCCCUUCUAAAGUCCCCAGAGGUCUCCAGUGACUGACUGCCUUCUAAAGUCCCCAGAGGUCUCCAGUGACUGACUGCCCUUCUAAAGUCCCCAGAGGUCUCCAGUGACUGACUGCCCUCUAAAGUCCCCAGAGGUCUCCAGUGACUGACUGCCCUUCUAAAGUCCCCAGAGGUCUCCAGUGACUGACUGCCCUUCUAAAGUCCCCAGAGGUCUCCAGUGACUGACUGCCUUCUAAAGUCCCCAGAGGUCUCCAGUGACUGACUGCCCUUCUAAAGUCCCCAGAGGUCUCCAGUGACUGACUGCCCUUCUAAAGUCCCCAGAGGUCUCCAGUGACUGACUGCCUUCUAAAGUCCCCAGAGGUCUCCAGUGACUGACUGCCCUUCUAAAGUCCCCAGAGGUCUCCGGUGACUGACUGCCCUUUUAAAGUCCCCAGAGGUCUCCAGUGACUGACUGCCCUUCUAAAGUCCCCAGAGGUCUCCAGUGACGGACUGCCCUUCUAAAGUCCCCAGAGGUCUCCAGUGACUGACUGCCCUUCUAAAGUCCCCAGAGGUCUCCAGUGACUGACUGCCUUCUAAAGUCCCCAGAGGUCUCCAGUGACUGACUGCCCUUCUAAAGUCCCCAGAGGUCUCCAGUGACUGACUGCCCUUCUAAAGUCCCCAGAGGUCUCCAGUGACUGACUGCCUUCUAAAGUCCCCAGAGGUCUCCAGUGACUGACUGCCCUUCUAAAGUCCCAGAGGUCUCCAGUGACUGACUGCCCUUCUAAAGUCCCCAGAGGUCUCCAGUGACUGACUGCCCUCUAAAGUCCCCAGAGGUCUCCAGUGACUGACUGCCCUUCUCAAGUCCCCAGAGGUCUCCAGUGACUGACUGCCCUCUAAAGUCCCCAGAGGUCUCCAGUGACUGACUGCCCUUCUAAAGUCCCCAGAGGUCUCCAGUGACUGACUGCCCUUCUAAAGUCCCCAGAGGUCUCCAGUGACUGACUGCCCUUCUAAAGUCCCCAGAGGUCUCCAGUGACUGACUGCCCUUCUAAAGUCCCCAGAGGUCUCCAGUGACUGACUGCCUUCUAAAGUCCCCAGAGGUCUCCAGUGACUGACUGCCCUUCUAAAGUCCCCAGAGGUCUCCAGUGACUGACUGCCCUUCUAAAGUCCCCAGAGGUCUCCAGUGACUGACUGCCCUUCUAAAGUCCCCAGAGGUCUCCGGUGACUGACUGCCCUUCUAAAGUCCCCAGAGGUCUCCAGUGACUGACUGCCCUUCAAAAGUCCCCAGAGGUCUCCAGUGACUGACUGCCCUUCUAAAGUCCCCAGAGGUCUCCAGUGACUGACUGCCCUUCUAAAGUCCCCAGAGGUCUCCAGUGACUGACUGCCCUCUAAAGUCCCCAGAGGUCUCCAGUGACUGACUGCCCUUCUAAAGUCCCCAGAGGUCUCCAGUGACUGACUGCCCUUCUAAAGUCCCCAGAGGUCUCCAGUGACUGACUGCCUUCUAAGUCCCCAGAGGUCUCCAUGACUGACUGCCUUCUAAAGUCCCCAGAGGUCUCCAGUGACUGACUGCCCUUCUAAAGUCCCCAGAGGUCUCCAGUGACUGACUGCCCUUCUAAAGUCCCCAGAGGUCUCCGGUGACUGACUGCCCUUCUAAAGUCCCCAGAGGUCUCCGGUGACUGACUGCCCUUCUAAAGUCCCCAGAGGUCUCCAGUGACUGACUGCCCUUCUAAAGUCCCCAGAGUGUCUCCAGUGACUGACUGCCCUUCUAAAGUCCCCAGAGGUCUCCAGUGACUGACUUGCCCUUCUAAAGUCCACAGAGGUCUCUCAAGGACUGACUGCCCUCUAAAGUCCCAGGUCUCCAGUGACUGACUGCCUUCUAAGUCCCGAGAGGUCUCCAGUGAUGACUGCCUCUAAAGUCCCUAGAGGUCUCAAGUGACUGACUGCCCUUCUAAAGUCCCCAGAGUCUCCAGUGACUGACUGCCCUUCUAAGUCCCCAGAGGUCUCAGUGACUGACUGCCUUCUAAAGUCCCCAGAGGUCUCCAGUGACUGACUGCCCUUCUAAAGUCCCAGAGGUUCCAGUGACUGACUGCCUUCUAAAGUCCCCAGAGGUCUCCAGUGACUGACUGCCUUCUAAAGUCCCAGAGGUCUCGUGAUGACGUGCCCUUCUAAAGUCCCCAGAGGUCUCCGUGACUGACUGCCUUCUAAAUCCCAGAGGUCUCCAGUGACUGACUGCCUUCUAAAGUCCCCAGAGGUCUCCAGUGACCUGACUGCCCUUCUAAAGUCCCCAGAGGUCUCCAGUGACUGACUGCCCUUCUAAAGUCCCCAGAGGUCUCCAGUGACUGACUGCCUUCUAAAGUCCCCAAGGUCUCCAGUGACUGACUGCCCUUCUAAAGUCCCCAUAGGUCUCCAGUGACUGACUGCCUUCUAAAGUCCCAGAGGUCUCCAGUGACCUGACUGCCCUUCUAAAUCCCCAGAGGUCUCCAGUGACUGACUGCCCUCUAAAGUCCCCAGAGGUCUCCAGUGACUGACUGCCUCUUCUAAAGUCCCCAGAGGUCUCCAGUGACUGACUGCCCUUCUAAAGUCCCCAGAGGUCUCCAGUGACUGCUGCCUUCUAAGUCCCCAGAGGUCUCCAGUGACUGACUGCCCUUCCUAAGUCCCCAGAGGUCUCCAUGACUGACUGCCCUCUAAAGUCCCCAGAGGUCUCCAGUGACUGACUGCCCUUCUAAAGUCCCCAGAGGUCUCCAGUGACUGACUGCCCUUCUAAAGUCCCCAGAGGUCUCCAGUGACUGACUGCCUUCUAAAGUCCCCAGAGGUCUCCAGUGACUGACUGCCCUUCUAAAGUCCCCAGAGGUCUCCAGUGACUGACUGCCCUUCUAAAGUCCCCAGAGGUCUCCAGUGACUGACUGCCUUCUAAAGUCCCCAGAGGUCUCCAGUGACUGACUGCCCUUCUAAAGUCCCCAGAGGUCUCCGGUGACUGACUGCCCUUUUAAAGUCCCCAGAGGUCUCCAGUGACUGACUGCCCUUCUAAAGUCCCCAGAGGUCUCCAGUGACGGACUGCCCUUCUAAAGUCCCCAGAGGUCUCCAGUGGACUGACUGCCCUUCUAAAGUCCCCAGAGGUCUCCAGUGACUGACUGCCUUCUAAAGUCCCCAGAGGUCUCCAGUGAUGACUGCCCUUCUAAAGUCCCCAGAGGUCUCCAGUGACUGACUGCCCUUCCUAAAGUACCCCAAGAGGUCUCCAUGACUGGACUGUACCUUCUAAAGUCCCCAGAGGUCUCCAGUGACUGACUGCCCUUCUAAAGUCCCCAGAGGUCUCCAGUGACUGACUUCCCCUCUAAAGUACUACAUACAGGACCAGUCAAAAGUUUGGACACACCUACUCAUUCCAGGGUUUUUCUUUAUUUUUACUAUUUUCUACAUUGUAGAAUAAUAGUGAAGACAUCAAAACUGUGAAAUAACACAUAUGACCGGUGUAAAUCUGUCCUUUGGUCUGAUGAGUCCAAAUUUGAGAUUUUUGGUUCCAACCUCCGUGUCUUUGUGAGACGCAGAGUAGGUGAACGGAUGAUCUCUGCAUGUGUGGUCCCACCGUGAAGCAUGGAGGAGGUGUGAUGAUGUGGGGGUGCUUUGCUGGUGACACUGUGAUUGAUUUAGAAUUCAAGGCACAUUUAACCAGCAUGGCUACCACAGCAUUCUGCAGUUAUACGCCAUCCCAUCUGGUUUGCGCUUAGUGGGACUAUCAUUUGUUUUUCAAACUUUUGACUGGUACUGUACAUCAUGACUACAUACAGACUACAAUUCAAAAUCAAAUCAAAUCAAAUGUUAUUGGUCACAUACACGUGUUUAGCAGAUGUUAUAGUGGGUGUAGCGAAAUGCUUGUGCUUCUAGCUCCAACAGUGCAGUAAUAUCUAACAAGUAAUAUCUAACAAUUUCACAACAUAUACCCAAUACACAAAAAUCUAAGUAAGGUAUGAUUUAAGAAUAUAUACAUAUAUGGACGAGCGAUGUCAGAGCGGCAUGGACUAAGAUACUGUAGAAUAUGAUAAAAUACAGUAUGUACAUUUGAGAUGAGUAAUGCAAGAUAUGUAAACAUUAUUAAAGUGACUAAGAUACUGUAGAAUAUUAUAAAAUGCAGUAUAUACAUAUGAGAUGAGUAGUCCAAGAUAUGUAAACAUUAUUAAAGUGACUAGUGUUCCAUUUCUUAAAGUGGCCAGUGAUUUCAAUAGGCAGCAGCAGCCUCUAAUGUGCUAGUGAUGGCUAUUUAACAGUCUGAUGGCCUUGAGAUAGAAGCUGUUUUUCAGUCUCUCGGUCCCAGCGUUGAUGUACCUGUACUGACCUCGCCUUCUGGAAGAUAGCGGGGUGAACAGGCAGUGGCUCGGGUGGUUGAUGUCCUUGAUGAUCUUUUUGUCCUUCCUGUGACAUCGGGUGCUGUAGGUAUCCUACGUACAUAUACAUCAUGACUACAUGUUAAGAAGGACGCCUGUGUCUUUGUAGUGACUGGGUGUAUUGAUACACCCUCCAAAGUGUAAUUAAUAACUUCACCAUGCUCAAUGGGAUAUUCAUUAUCUACCAAUAGUUGCCCUUCUUUGCAAGGCAUUGGAAAACAUCCCUGGUCUUUGUGGUUGAAUCUGUGUUUGAAAUUCACUGCACGACUGAGGGACCUUACAGAUAAUUGUAUGUAUGGGGUAUAGAGAUUAGGUAGUCAUUCAAAAAUAAUGUUAAACACUAUUAUUGCACACAGUGAGUCCAGGAAACUUAUUAUGUGACUUGUUAAGUACAUUUUUUACUCCUGAACUUAUUCAUGCUUGCCAUAACAAAGGGGUUGAACACUUAUUGACUCAAGACAUUUCAGAUGUUAAUUUCUAAAAACAUAAUUCCACUUUGAAUUUAUGAGGUAUUGUGUGAAGGCCAGUGACACACAAUCUCAAUUUAAUCCAGUUAGAAUUCAGUGGAAAAGGUCAAGGGGUGUGAAUACUUUCUGAAUGCACUGUACGGACCAAAUAAAAGAAACACCAACUUAAUGAAUCUUAACAGGGCAUUGGGCCACCCAGAGCCACUACAGCUUAUGAUCUAAGACUGCCUUCUGCCCACAAGGCCUAACCAGGGCUAGAGAGCUCCGUGUUUUCAUUAUCUUCUUGGGAGGGCAACAGUGCAUUAUGAGAUCAUUCAUACCACAAACACUCACUAGGCAUCUUUAGAGAGGCAAUUGCAGGGAGGAUGGAGGGUGGGACAGAGGAGGAGGGCUUUCAAACUUUGGCUACAUCACCGAAUAGUCAGUCCUCAGGCAUGCUUGUAGCCCAGUCAGUGGAUGGAUACUGCAUAGAGGACGUCUAAUAGACCAGGGUGUUAUAGGGGUCUAAUAGACCAGGGUGUUAUAGGGGUCUAAUAGACCAGGGUGUUAUAGGGGUCUAAUAGACCAGGGUGUUAUAUUGGUCUAAUAGACCAGGGUGUUAUAGUGGUCUAAUAGACCAGGGUGUUAUAGGGGUCUAAUAGACCAGGGUGUUAUAGGGGUCUAAUAGACCAGGGUGUUAUAGGGGUCUAAUAGACCAGUGUGUUAUAGGGGUCUAAUAGACCAGGGUGUUAUAGGGGUCUAAUAGACCAGGGUGUUAUAGGGGUCUAAUAGACCAGGGUGUUAUAGGCGUCUAAUAGACCAGGGUGUUAUAGGGGUCUAAUAGACCAGGGUGUUAUAGGGGUCUAAUAGACCAGGGUGUUAUAGGGGUCUAAUAGACCAGGGUGUUAUAGGGGUCUAAUAGACCAGGGUGUUAUAGGGGUCUAAUAGACCAGGGUGUUAUAGGGGUCUAAUAGACCAGGGUGUUAUAGGGGUCUAAUAGACCAGGGUGUUAUAGGGGUCUAAUAGACCAGGGUGUUAUAGGGGUCUAAUAGACCAGGGUGUUAUAGGGGUCUAAUAGACCAGGGUGUUAUAGGGGUCUAAUAGACCAGGGUGUUAUAGGGGUCUAAUAGACCAGGGUGUUAUAGGGGUCUAAUAGACCAGGGUGUUAUAGGGGUCUAAUAGACCAGGGUGUUAUAGGGGUCUAAUAGACCAGGGUGUUAUAGGGGUCUAAUAGACCAGGGUGUUAUAGGGGUCUAAUAGACCAGGGUGUUAUAGGGGUCUAAUAGACCAGGGUGUUAUAGGGGUCUAAUAGACCAGGGUGUUAUAGGGGUCUAAUAGACCAGGGUGUUAUAGGGGUCUAAUAGACCAGGGUGUUAUAGGGGUCUAAUAGACCAGGGUGUUAUAGGGGUCUAAUAGACUAGGGUGUUAUAGGGGUCUAAUAGACCAGGGUGUUAUAGGGGUCUAAUAGACCAGGGUGUUAUAGGGGUCUACUCUGCCAGAGGACAGCACAGCACCUGGUACACAUCUUAACAGGACUUUUCUUCCAGCCUCUGGACCGCAGGCAAACAACACAACACACCGCCUCCGCAAGCAAAAACAAUAGUUGUUAAUCUAAAUGUUUACUCACUAUGUGGAAAACUCUCCAUUAGAGAUGGAAAUGCUGCUGUUUUACACAUAAAAAAUCCUUCCAUUUCUCAAUUCAUUCGUCGGUUCUUUACACUGUACUGGUGGUGAAGUGGAACAGCAGGGUUAGAGUACUUGAGGGAUUGCCAUGUGCUUAAUCCAGGACUGCUGUCUGUUCAAAGCCCUCAGCUGUCAGACAUGGCUUCUGUUGAAUGUUGUAGUUUGCUAUCUGGACCAAAUGAUAUAUACAUGGGGCACUAUAGGAUUUCUGGAGGUUAUUGUAUCCGUUUUUGGUUACACACAAACCCCCCCCCAGUAUGUUCAGAGUCUAUCUCUGAUUUUAAGCUGCAGCACAUUAAAUUACUAUUAUGACUUCAUCUUGAAACCAGAGCUGUUUUAAAAGCGUCAUUAAGCAGGUCAGAGCCAGGGAGCAGCCAGGUGGCGGUCUGCUGAAUGAGGGGAGGUCUACAACCAAGCCAUGACUCACCUACUAAUGGAUGGAUUGUUCUAGAAACACAACUUUUCUUUCUCCUAUUACAGGUCAAGUAAAAAGAUCUCCCUUUAAUUGUGUAACAUAGAUGUGGUUGGAUCAGCUUGUUGUCAUCCUUCUGAUCAGGUCAGUAGCUAAAGGUCAAGUGAGAAAGUACAUUUUUUAGGAACACAGCUGUUCCCGUCCUCUCCUCCUUGCAAAUGUUUUCUCUGCUGUUGUGCCAACUCAAUAACAUCCACCCCUCCUCAUUCUCAAAUUCAGUGAACCUCCCCCACUCCUGUCGUUCACAUCAGUCAGUCUACUAUCAGCAGUGAUCUGGAUCUAACCAUCUAGAGACGGGGGAGGGGGUGUUCUAGAGGUCAGUAAUCUGGGUCCAACCAUCUAGAGACUGGGGGGGGGGGGGGGUGUUCUAGAGGUCAGGGUGUUCUAGAGGUCAGGGUGUUCUAGAGGUCAGGGUGUUCUAGAGGUCAGGGUGUUCUAGAUGACAGGGUGUUCUAGAGGUCAGGGUGUUCUAGAGGUCAGGGUGUUCUAGAUGACAGGGUGUUCUAGAGGUCAGGGUGUUCUAGAGGUCAGGGUGUUCUAGAGGUCAGGGUGUUCUAGAGGUCAGGGUGUUCUAGAGGUCAGGGUGUUCUAGAGGUCAGGGUGUUGUAGAGGUCAGGGUGUUCUAGAUGACAGGGUGUUCUAGAGGUCAGGGUGUUCUAGAGGUCCGGGUGUUCUAGAGGUCAGGGUGUUCUAGAUGACAGGGUGUUCUAGAGGUCAGGGUGUUCUAGAGGUCCGGGUGUUCUAGAGGUCAGGGUGUUCUAGAGGUCAGGGUGUUCUAGAGGUCAGGGUGUUCUAGAGGUCAGGGUGUUCUAGAGGUCAGGGUGUUCUAGAGGUCAGGGUGUUCUAGAGGUCCGGGUGUUCUAGAGGUCAGGGUGUUCUAGAGGUCAGGGUGUUCUAGAGGUCAGGGUGUUCUAGAGGUCAGGGUGUUCUAGAUGACAGGGUGUUCUAGAGGUCAGGGUGUUCUAGAGGUCAGGGUGUUCUAGAGGUCAGGGUGUUCUAGAGGUCAGGGUGUUCUAGAGGUCAGGGUGUUCUAGAGGUCAGGGUGUUCUAGAGGUCAGGGUGUUCUAGAGGUCAGGGUGUUCUAGAGGUCAGACCUGUGCCUAUCCUUCACCUCCUGCAGUUGUCAAGACAACAUUCUAGUGAAAGAGUUGAUCGGUUGUUUUCUGCCACCGCAUAGGCUACAGCCUCCUGCCAACUGUUCCUGGAGCAGUGGGUGUCUGACAGACAGCUGGGAAAGAGGGGAGACAGAGAGCUAGAAAUACAUUCACUCCUGAAUAGAGGGACGGCAUGCAUACAUGCUGUAUAUCUCUCUCAUACUGAAGAGCUUUCAUCACUAUAUGGAGGACAUCCUCGAAACAUCCUGUUUUUAACUUGCAGGGAACAUCAUCUAUUGCGCUUUUGAACUAGAGAAAGACAGGUGACCUCUAAUCGCCGUAGGCAGACCUGGCUCUCAAGGGAAGACAGGCGAUGUGCACACUACCCACAAAAGGAGGUGGAAACUGAGCUGCACUUCCUAACCUCCUGCCAAAUGUAUGACCAUAUUAGAGACAUAUUUCCCUCAGAUUACACAGACCCACAAAGAUAUUCAUUGUGUGAAAUACCACAGUUUGCAAUCACAGAAGCAAGAUUUGUGACCUGUUGCCACAAGAAAAGGGCAUCCAGUGAAGAACAAAACCAUUGUAAAUACAUCCCAUAUUUAUGUUGAUUUAUUUUCCCUUUUGUACAUCAUUACAACACUGUAUAUAGACAUAAUAUGACAUUUGAAAUGUCUUUAUUCUUUUGGAACUUCUGAAUGUAAUGUUUACUGUUAACAAUAAUUAAAAAAAUUAUUUGUUUAUCGUUUGUUUAUUAUCUAUUUCACUUGCUUUGGCAAUGUAAACAUAUGUUAGAGAGAGAGAAAAGAGAGCGAGAGAUAGAGAGAGAGCAGAGAGAGAGACACACACUGCCAGAGAGGUGGUGACUUCAUUCCCCUCUCUUUCACAAAACCUCCCCCUUUUCCCCUCCUGUCCUUCCCCUCCAUUUUCCUCCUCCUCCUUCUCCUCUCUCUCUGUGUGUCAGGGUGUUUCAGCAGCAUUAUGCCUGCAGUGUUCCUACUGCUCAGAACCCUCCUCUCCAGUGGACUGAUAGGAUCCCUGCUCCAGUUCCUCAGGAGGACUCUGUUCUCCACCUUCAGCCACGUGGGAGCCGCGCUGCGCUACGUCUGGGACAGGAUCAGCUCUCAGGAGUCUAAAGAAGCCAUCCUGGGCUGUGCUGUGUCUCCUUAA